CCACCAGCUAAGCGUCAUGCCCGAGCCCGGUCCCCGCGAUUACCGCGAGGCCAAGGUCUUCAGCCUCUCUGUACGCGCCGAGUAUCAGGAGAACAAGCUCGAGAUCGACGCUGUGCAGACGCAGAUCACCAAGCUUCAGGAAGAGCUGGCGUUCCUUGAGCGCAACGGCCGCACCCUCAAGAGCCUGUCGCGCCGCACCCUUGACGACAUCGCCAACAAGAUGGUCAACGACGCCGAGAACAUGGCGGCUCAAAUGCAGGAGAUCCGCGACCGCGCCGGCUCGGACGACCCUGCGGCCCUGAAGGCAGCAUUCAAGGCCAUCUUCACUGAGCUUCCGGAGGAAGAGGACGACUACGAAAGCUUCUCGAGAGAGGCAUCUGACGAGGAGACGUCCGCAGCCGAGGAUGAUUCGGACGAGGAGAUGGAGCUGAGCGGAGACGGCAGCGCCGCCGAGCAGUCUGAGUCUCGCUCUGCGAGCCCUACUCUGUCCGGCAUGGAGUACGACGCCCCGGCUGAGUCGGCCGACGAGCAGGCACGUGGCCGCCGCCCUCGCUCUCGCGCGCAGGCCUCGAGCACAGCCAACGCACCCCGCCUCUCGCCUAGUGAGACCGUCAUGGUGCAGGCCGAGGCCGUCAGCCUUCGCGCGCGCGCCAAGUACGAGAGCGCGCUGAUCGCCAUCGAGGACAUGCAGGAGGGCCUGGAGAAGCUGAAGGGAGGACUCCCCGAGCUCAAGCGUCAGGCGUCCCGCUCCGUCACUGACAUCGCCAAGGAGCUCAAGCGUGGCUACCUUGAAGAAGCGUUCUUCCAGAUCACCGGCCAGCGCCCUCCCACUAGAAAGGGCGACGACGAUGGCGCUGCCGGUAGCAAGACGUCCGAGCGCGAUGCGGGCGCCGAGAAGAGCGGUGGCACUCGCGGCCUCCAGGGUCCUGCCCUCGCGGCUGCCAAGCUGGGCGCCCCUGUGCGCAAGAUCGCCGGCCGCGCGGCGCCCAAGCAGAAGCCUCGCGCCAGCAAGGCGGGCAACGCCUUCCUCGACCGUGCCGAGGCUGCGCAGCCCGAGGCCCAUGCCGAGGGCAGCCGCAGCGCCCAGCGUCCUAGCGGCAGCAGCAACCGCGAGUACCAGCGCCGCGCCUGA